AAUUGAAUUGCAGAAGCCGAUCAAAGAAAAAUGCGUGAUAUAGCAACCUUUCUUUUUGAACAGCAGAAAAAGUCAUCGGGUGAAAUUGCUCAAGAAUGGGGAACUUUGGAAAGUUUACAUAAUAAAAAAUUAUGGCACCAACUGACGCUUCAAUUACAGAAGUUUGUUAAAAUACUUACAAUCCAUCAAAGCGAUGCCCUUAUGCCGUUGUACACAAACUUUAUAGUUGACUUUGAGCAUCGUAUCAAUCCGUUAGCCUUGGUUGAGAUUGCAAUUCCAAUUGCUCGUCAAAUAAAAGAUAAUCUCGAAGCUAUUGAAUUUUUGAAUAAGAUUAAAGUAAAGGUUUCAAGUGACAAGCAAGCUAUGAUUUUAUGCCUAACAACAUCAGGGCAGUUGUAUAUGCUUGCUAGCGACAUGGAGAAAGCUAAUGAAAUAAGGAUAGAAGCUGGUGCUAUGGUUGAAGAAUUAGACGGUAUUACACCUGUUCAUGCUCCUUUUUACGAACUAUCAAGCAAUUAUCAUAGAAUUCAAGCUGAUCAUGCUAAUUAUUAUAGAGAUUCUUUAAGAUUUUUAGGAUGUAUUGAUUUGAAAUCUCUUUCAAAUGAGGACCAGAUUGAAAGAGCUUUUAAUAUUGGCUUGGCAGCAAUCCUCGGUAAAGGAGUCUAUAAUUUUGGCGAAUUACUACAACAUGACAUUUUAGAAGCUCUGAAAAAUUCUGAAAAAGCAUGGCUUGUCCAACUCUUGUUUGCUUUCAAUAGCGGUGACAUUAAGCUAUAUCAACAACUUAAAACUAGCUGGAGUAAACAACCUGACCUUUGCGUAAAUGAGACAUAUAUGAGACAAAAAAUAUGCUUGUUAACGCUUAUGGAAAUGACAUUUAGAAGACCAGCAACCGAACGAAGUUUAACUUUCGCCGAAAUAGCGAAAGAAACUAAUUUAUCUCUCAACGAAGUAGAACAUCUUAUAAUGAAGGCUUUGUCAUUAAAUUUAGUAAAAGGAUCAAUUGAUCAAGUAGAACAAGUUGUCCGUAUGACUUGGGUUCAACCCCGUGUAUUAGAUCGCGAUCAAAUUCGAUCUAUGGCUGGUCGUCUACAGAAAUGGUGUGACGACGUUAUGAGUAUGGAGGAGUUAGUUCAUAAUAGAGCAUUAGAUAUUCUAAACUAA